AUGGCGGAUACAGCGAUCGCGCUGCCGUACUUGUCGACUCAGUAUGCGAUCCCGGAAGCAACACUGUCUGCGUUGACUCAAGCUCCAACUACGGAUUUGGUCAAUGAGCUCCUACAAUCUAUUACCAGGAAAGCACACGACUUCGACGAACUGAAGUCGGAAAAACUUCGGCUGGAGGUUGAGCUUGAAAAUGCUGUACGCAGUAAUGAGUCGAAAGUGAAGGUGCUGAAGUCAACGGUCGAAAAGGGUCACGCAGAGGUGGAAGAGUUGAGAAAGAAAUUACACGUGUCUGAAACACAAUGCUCGGCGCUGGAGUCCGAGAUCUCCUCCCUGAAAUCCUCGAGCACGUCGAACGCAAGCGAAUUUACAUCUCUCAAAACACGCAUCUCGACACUUGAGUCUGAGAAGCGGGAAAGCCUGGCAUUGCUUGAGUCGAAAUCAACCGCUCACGACAAGCUGGCCGAAGAGCUUUCGAGCCAACACAAGAAAAUCAUCGAACUUCGCCGGGAACUCUCUACAAGCGAGCAGAACCUACAAAAUGCCAAUUCGGCUGCCGCCAGCUCACGCUUCCGCGAACAAAGCCUCCAGCAAGAACUUGAACUCGUCAAGAAGAACAGCGAAUGGUUCGAGACGGAGCUGAAAACGAAGGCAGCCGAGCAUACUAAGUUCCGGAAAGAAAAAAGUGCCCGUAUCGCCGAACUUCAGCGUGCAAAUGAGGAUGCAGCCACCACGAUCGAUGCCCUGCGACGCAGUGAAAACUCUCUUAAAGCUCGAUUCGAUGAGACCGAGCAGCGCUAUGAAGAAAGCCUCGUAACUAUUGGCCAGCUGAAGGAAGCAGCUAUCCAGGCUGAGGAAACCUUCCGCAUUGAGCUUGAAACUGCGACUCGUCUCGCAAAGCUUCAAGAAUCCUCAGCCACAUCUGCGAAACAACGCGCCCAGGAAUGCCAAGUCGCCCUGGAAAAUGCCAAAAAUGAAGCCGCCGAAGAGAUCGCACGUCUGCGAGUCGAAAUGGAAACGGAACACGCCGACAAGGAAGCUGCUGAAAGAAGAGUCUCAGAACUCGAGGCAACAGUUGCCCAGCUUGAGGUACAAGGAUCAGUCAACCGAUCGACAAGUCCUGCCCGAUCUUUCAAUGGAGCACUACCCUCGACUCCUGGUCGACCAGGAACGCCUGGUAGCACUUUCUCGCCCAGAAUGUCUCGUACUAAGGGUACUUUGACCUUUACUCAAAUGUACACGGAGUACGACAAGAUGCGCACGCAACUUUCCGCAGAGCAGAGGACAAACAAUGAGCUCAGAUCUACGCUCGACGAAAUGGUGCAGGAGCUCGAAUCGACCAAGCCCGAGAUCGACGACCUUCGAAGUGACCACAAGCGCCUCGAGGAUGCCGUAAUGGAUCUUUCAGGUCUACUGGAGACCUCGGCAAAGGAACGUGAUGACGCAAUCAAGGAGGCUAGAAAAUGGCAGGGUAAGGUUGAGGGCCUCACGCGCGAAGGUGACAUUCUUCGUCAACAACUUCGUGAUCUCAGCGCCGAAGUCAAGGUCCUCGUGAUGGAAGUGGCUAUUGUGAAGCAUGGUGAAGAUUACGACCGGGAGGAGCUCGAGAAGAUUGCUCGAAAGGAGAUCGAAGAAUCUGCGGCUGAGCUCAAUCCCACUGGAUUAUUCAUCAGUCGGAAUCUUGUUACGUUCAAAGACUUGCAUGAACUACAGGAACAAAAUUUGACUUUGCGACGAAUGCUACGUGAACUCGGUGACAAAAUGGAAGGUGAAGAAGCUCGUGCUCGCGAUGCUGUCCAUCAGCAAGAGGUCGAGGAAUUGAAGGAACUGCGCAUUCGUGUGCAAACAUAUCGUGAUGAGAUUGCCAACUUGGUCGCACAAUCGAAAACCUACGUGAAGGAGCGAGAUACUUUCCGAAGCCUACUGACUCAUCGUCGGCAGACGGUGGGAGGCGACGGAGUUUUCUCUCAGUCGGUCCCCCCUGGUGCAGUGCCUGCGGGUGCCCUAAGCAGCCAGAUGCAAGACGGCACCGAUUAUGGCGAUCUUCUGCGUAAAUUGCAAGCCCACUACGACACAUUCCGCGAGGAGACGCUUGCGGACCAUUCUUCUCUCCGACAACAGGUCAAUGAGCUUUCACGCAAGAAUAGCGAGUUGAUGAGCGAGAUCAGUCGGUCCAACAGCCAGCUUGCCGCUGCCUCACAGCGUGCUGAGCUUCUCCAGAAUAACUUCGACAUGCUCAAGAACGAGAAUAGCGGGUUGCAAGGUCGCUAUUCGACGCUUCUCGAGAAUUCAAGCAAGCACGAACUCAAAGUACAACAAGCUGCUGAAGAUCUCGUUGAGGCGAAGGGUUUGGUCGAAAGUCUUCAGCGCGAAAAUUCCAACCUGAAAGCUGAAAAAGAUCUUUGGAAGAAUAUCGAGAAGCGGCUGAUUGAUGACAUUGAAAGCCUUCGCAACGAGCGUGCCCGUCUCGAUUCCUUAAACGCCAAUCUUCAAACAUUACUCAACGAACGGGAACACACUGAGUCCGAAACCCGCCGUCGUCUGCAAAAUAGCGUGGAGUCUCUCGAAUCUGAGCUACAGUCCGCAAAACGAAAGCUCAAUGACGAGACCGAGAACGCCAAACAAGCAGCCCUCCGCCGAGAUUACGAACAGGAGCAAAGCCAGAAAAGGAUCAACGACCUGGUCAGCAGUCUCGGAAGCGUUCGUGAAGAACUGGUUGCAACAAAGACCACCAGAGACCACCUGCAAGCUCGAGUCGAUGAGCUUUCUGUUGAGCUCAAGAGCGCGGAAGAAAAACUUCAAGUCAUCCAGGCGCGCCCUGCUGUCUCAGCCGCUCAAACCGAGCGUGAGGUAAACGCGGACGACGCUGAGAUUGGUACUGGUCUCACUCGUGAACAGGAAUUGCUUGUAGAGAUUUCUGAGCUAAAGCGAGAUCUUGAUCUGGCCAAGGGCGAGUUGACGCAUGCAAAGGAGCAAGCUGAAGAAUACCGUGCCAUUAGCCAAUCAACCGAGGAGCGAAUGGAAGCUGAGGCAGAUACGCAUGCCCAGUAUCGCGAGGAGACUGAUGCCUUAAUCCAGGAGAAAGACAAGAAGAUUCAAGAUUUGGAGACGAGAAUCGAAGAGAUAUCUGCUGAGCUUUCAGCCACGAGUACAGAACUCUCUAAACUGCGAGACGAACAAGGCGACAUCACACGUCAUAUGGAGGAACAGAAGUCUCGAUUGGAAUCUGAGAUCACUCGACUCAAGGAUGACAACGAUAGGCACAUUGCUGCCGCUCAGUGUCACCAGGAUGAUCUGAGAGCCCAGGCUGAGAUUUCUCAAAAUAUGCAGAAGAGCUACGAGACUGAGCUCAUCAAGCAUGCUGAGGCCGCCAAAACUGUCCAGGCUGUGCGGGCGGAAGCUAAUCAAUUGAAGCUUGAUAUGGCCGAAUUGCGAAUCCAGGCUGAGACUCACAAGAGAGACCUCGUCCAGAAAGAAGAGAGCUGGGCAGAGCAAAAGGCUCGAUAUGAAGGAGAGCUUGCUGAGCUGCAGAGGCGUCGGGAAGAAGUCAGUCAUCAAAAUUCCGUCCUCCACGGCCAGCUUGAGAGCAUCACCGGGCAGAUCGCCACUCUUCAGCGCGAGCGUGCCGGCGCCUCUGAGAUGACAGAGCAGGAAGGUGAGCAGGCGGCUCCCGACUUGGAAGGUCUUCAAGAAGUUAUCAAAUAUCUUCGACGUGAGAAAGAGAUUGUUGAAGUGCAGUACCACCUGUCGACUCAAGAAGGCAAACGCCUUCGUCAACAACUUGAUUACACUCAAUCUCAGCUUGACGAGACCCGCCUCAAACUCGAGCAACAACGUCGUGCUGCCGCUGACAGCGACCAUAAUGCGCUGAAUCACAACAAGCUCAUGGAAACUUUGAAUGAAUUGAACCUGUUCCGCGAAAGCAGUGUCACCUUGCGCAAUCAGGUCAAGGAAACCGAAGCUGCUCUGGCCGAGAAGAGCGCCCGUGUUGAUGAGCUCACACAGGAAAUUCAGCCCCUGGAGACCAGGAUCCGUGAACUCGAGGGGACCAUCGAAGCAAAGGACGGGGAACUCCAGCUGCUGCAGGCUGAUCGCGACCAUUACCAGAAGCGAGUACAAAAUAUCCUGCAAAAGUACGAUCGUGUCGACCCUCAGGAAAUGGAAGCGCUCAAUGAGAAGUUGUCAACCUUGGAGAAAGAGCGCGACGAGGCUAUUGCUGCCCGGAAUGCACUUCAAACCGAAGUCGAAGAGAAGCUGCAGGCCGCGGCGCAAGCCGCGGAAACCCGCACAACCGAGCUUCGCACGAAACUCACCGAUCAAUUUAAAGCCCGUUCUCGAGAUCUCUCUCAUAAGAUCUUGGCUCACAAGCAAGAAAAGGAAACAUUGCAAGCCGAGCUCGAUGCUACCAAAGCUGAGUUAGAGACCACCAAGUCCAAGGUCUCCGCGGCUGAAGCAAUGGCGGCAUCAGCGGCAACCGCUAGUUCCGCAGUCCAGUCAGCGCCAGAGGAAGGAGUUCCUGUCAAUUCUACCCCAGCCUCACAAUUCCCUACCGCGACUAACACUGUCGUUUCUACGGAAGACGGGCAGAAGAUCAAGGAGCUGGAGACCAAGAUCCAGAACUUGGAAGCUGCUCUUGCCGAGAAGGACUCACUCAUUGCCGCCAAGGAUGCUGAGCUCGAGUCACGACUCAAGGAACGUGCCGACAAGCUCAAAGACAUCUUUAACACCAAGCUUGCUGAAAUCAAGGCUAGCCAUCGCCAAGAAAUUGAGAAGCUCUCAUCGGGCGAACGUGCUAAUCCGGCGACCCCUGCUGUGGACACGGCGCAACCGGCGGCGACAACUCAAUCAACAGCUCUUCCUGGCCAAGUUGGACUUAACGACGAGCAAGCUCGUGAGCUCCUGGAGAAGAACGAAACGCUUCGCAAUAUCUUCAGGAAUAACCUACGUACGAAGAUCGCACAGGCAGAGGAAAGACUCAAAGGAGAAGCCCAAAAAGCUUCCCAGAUGCACGAAGAGGCAAUUGCAGCCCUAAAAAGGGCACAAGAUGAAGAGACUGCCGAAAAAGUCAAGGCUGCUGUGCAGCUCUCUGACAAGAAGACGGCCGCCCGGAUCAGCAUGCUGGAGACUCGCAUGAAGACAUCUCUUGCCAAAGUCGAAGUGGUGUCCAAAGCCGCCGAACAAACCCCCCAGAAGCCUGUCAUUGAAGUCUGGGAGGUGGCCAAGACAGCGCGGCCGCCAGCGCCUGCCCCGAAGCCUCAACCUGCAGUGCCUGCGGUGUCUGCAGUACCUGCUGCCGCUGGUUCCCAGGUCAGCCCUGCAGUACCGACACAGGUCACCACUGGGCCUAGUCCAACUCCCGUUCUCCAGCAACAGCCUGCUCUCCAGCAACAGCCUGCUCCACAACAACAGCCUGCUCCACAACAACAGCCUGCUCCACAACAACAGCCUGCUCCACAACAACAGCCUGCUGUCCCGCCUGUCGUUCCUACGGCGGUGAACACCACGAAUCAAGCGGCGCCGUCGCAGCAGGCUCCUCCGACACUUAAUCCCUUCGGACAGGCGCAGCCUGGUACACCACAAGCUCAGCAGUCGCAACCAUCAUCAUUGCCAUCUAAGCCUCCGGGGACGGCGCCGGGCAUGCUCCGGGCCUUGCAGUCCGGCCUCCCUGUUGCACGCGGCGGCCGAGGCGGCGGCCGUGGUGGUGGCCAGCAGAAUCCACUCGGUCAUGCACAAUCGCAACAGGGCGAGCAGCAACAAGCUCAAGCUCAAGCGCAGACUCAGAGCCAACGAGGUUCAGGUGUCGUCCGUGGGCGAGGUGGAAGAGGUGGUCAAGGUCGCGGAGGCGCGCAGAACGGCCAGGCCGCCACCCAGGGACAAUCUAGCCCUGCUGGCAAUCGAGGUAGUCUGAAUGUGCAGGCCCGGCAGUUCAUUCCUCAAGGAAACAAGCGGACACGUGAGGACGGAGUAGAUGUUCCUGCCGAAGGUGCUAAUGCCGGCAAACGCAUGAGAGGCGGUGGUGGCGGCCAAGGUCGUGGCGGUGGAUCAUCUUGA